CAAAAUUGCAGCAGCAACUGUCUGACACAUCUGGACUGGAGAGGGGGGGAGGCCUGGCUGUGGUGUUAGCGAACUACUGAGGGGAAUGGACAGCGUUCAAUGUUAAUCAGCAAGACGACCGCUGCCAAACUGGAGAAACAUAUCCAAGAAAUGGACGACGGCAGCUACAUCGAGUUCGAUGUGCCGGAGUUCAGCAACACUGUUCUGACCCAGCUCAAUGAGCUGCGGCUGCAAGGGAAGCUGUGUGACAUCAUCGUUCACAUACAAGGCCAGCCAUUUCGAGCCCACAAGGCCGUGCUGGCAGCUAGUUCACCCUACUUUCGUGACCACACAGCCCUCAGCACCAUGAGUGGCCUUUCAAUCUCGGUCAUCAAAAGCCCUGAGGUGUUUGAGCAGCUUCUUGCUUUCUGCUACACAGGCCACAUGUCCCUGCAGCUCAAGGACAUCAUCAGUUUCCUCACAGCUGCAAGUUUUUUGCAGAUGCAAGCCAUCAUUGACAAAUGUACCCAAAUUCUGGAGAGCAUCCACUCCAAGAUCAGCAUCCCAGUAACUGUCUGCAGCCCAGAGAAGGAUGACAUGCAGACAAGCCACAAUGGGGUCAAUGACAGCAACCUCUUUGUGAACCCUACCCAGAUCUCCCCCCCUUACUACUCCCGCCAGAGUCAGGCAGCGCAUGAGGCACGCUUUGAGCUGGCAGGAAAAGGUCUGGGCCGGCGGCGACAGCAGCAGGAGGAAGGCCAGUCAGACCGAGGCAGCAGCGAUAGUGUGUCUGAGCAUGAUACUCCUAUGGAGGGAGAAAUAGAGCAGGUGGAACUAAUCGGCAAAGAUGGCCAAGUGACAGAUGUGCAAGUGAAGAUAGAGAAGACGGACAGGCCCACCUAUUCAGACAGCUCUUCAGCAGGUGAUGAUGGAUACCACACAGAGCUGGUGGAUGGAGAACAGGUAUUGGCUGUUAGUGUGGGUUCUUAUGGUCCUGUCAUCCAGUCUGCUACCUACUCUUACUCAGGGCUGACCUCCCCUUGCUUUGUCAACCUUAGCAACUCCAGUCCUUCCCGCUCUAUUCUUAGUGGCUUUAGAGGUGGGCGAGCCAGGGCAAAGCGCCCCCUGGCCAUCCCAGCAGCAGUGCUGAGUCAUAUCAAAACAGGCUCUGAUGACAGCGAAUCCACAGUUGGAGCUGCAGCGUUGGAAAAUGAUGUGCGAGAGAGAAGUCUGCGAAGCCAGUGGUACCCCUACAAUGAGAGACUCAUUUGCAUCUACUGUGGAAAGACCUUCAACCAGAAGGGGAGCUUGGAUCGACACAUGCGCCUGCACAUGGGGAUCACCCCAUUUGUAUGUAAGUUCUGCGGCAAGAAGUACACGAGGAAAGACCAGCUGGAGUACCACAUCCGUGGCCACACGGACAACAAGCCCUUCCACUGUCAGAUCUGUGGCAAGUGCUUCCCGUUUCAGGGCACCCUUAACCAGCACCUGAGGAAGAAGCACAUGGGAGCAACAGAGGGCAGUAAUCACAUGGACUCUCCAGAGAGGACGGAGGGAAGCUCAGGUCAGAAAGACCAAGAGGAUACAUCUGAGGGGAUGGCCUUUGAGGCACAAUAUGCAGAAGAGGCUCCAGCCGAUGAUAUGGAGGAGAGUUCAAAAUGCAGUCCAGAGGAGGCGCAAGCAUCAAGAUGUGAUUUUUAGGUCCUGCUUCAGGUUAAGGAAGCUUUAAGAAAUGUUUAUUUUAACUCAACUUAAAGGACUUUUUUCAUUUUGAAUCAGCUCCCUCCACUAUAGACAUUUCUUAAAGGGUGUCUGUCAGAUUUUUGAAAGUUAGAUGUUAAAUGCAGAGAGCAAAUGGGUGCUUUUUAAGAAAUUUGAUUCUUUCAAGCAAAGGGAGUAACACCUUACUAUUUUUAAGGAGGUCCCAAUAAUCAAGACCCCCUGAUUGAUUUCUCUUUUUAUCUUUCCAUGUUUUUUAAAACCUAUUUACAGAGUUAUAUAGGCAUGUUGCAAUAAUUGAUAAUGUGAAAGCUCUGGUAAGAUGCUAGUCAUAUCACCUUUUUACCUGACCUGUUUUUGCACAUGUGGCCACAGGAGGUCACUUACUCACAAGGAAUGAUUUUUCUGCCAGUGCAAAGCUUCGUGUGACAUAUCCGUUCAAUACCUCAUGAUGCAACUACAUACUCAUAAUAGACAGUAUUUUAACUUAAAUCAAACUCACCAGGUUCUACCUCAUAGCCAAGAACCUACCAGGCACAGAAGUGUUCACCGUUUGAAUCAGUUUUUGGUUGUUUGUACAGUAUCUUAUUGCCAAACAAUGUAAAGUUUUCUCUCUCAACACAAAGCCUUGAUACUUAGGGGAAAUAUUCCUUGCUGAUUGUAUGGAUUAGGGACAUAGUCCUUGUCAAAUGUUUCAUGGUCAGCCAGGUUAAAAUGUAGAUUAAGAAGGUGCUAUGUUAGGAGUGCAUUAAAUUUGCUAGCUUUCUUCUAUGUUUGUCGUUUUAUCCAGAGAAUAGAGUGAGAAAAUGGCCCUGUAUACUCACAAGAAAUGAUUUUGCUGUCUGAGAACUACUUGUUCUCAAAAACACUUUUCUCAUCACUACUGGAGAUCUCACGCUGUUAGCCAAGGUGUGAUUUUAGAUGCUGUCAUCCAUGAGAUGGGUGAUUUACGUCCAUACAGUGAAGUCAUUUGGACUCCUCUAUACUCUGAUUGCAGACUUUUACUGAAUAAUUGUAUGUAUAAAUCGUUUUUUUUUUUUUUUUUUUUUUUGUCCUGAGGUAGGCUUCUCGGUUAAUACUCUGCGUUUAACGGAGACAAGAGAACUCAUUGAAACUCAGCACAGAAUGAACAGCCUCAGAUCUGUUCACACAAGUCUAUUUAGGAUACAAGUCUGAAUAAUAUGCAAACUGAAAGAAAAAAGGAAUCUCAGCCAUUCUGACAUGGUUUUUCUUCCAUCAUUUUAAAGAGCUAUUCGUUCGUUUCCUUCUCUUUCAUUCUGUCCUGCCCUUUAUGACAGGACGUUGAUCUGUGAUCCUUGAUCUCUGUAUCAGUCUGGGGUCAGAUGCAGAUGUUGAACAUGUCUUCCUCAUUUGUCAAUCCUCCUUUAUGGCGUUGACAAAGACAUGUUAUAGCUGGAUUGAGGCUAAGAUGGUAAGCGUUAGUAGUAGCUGGUGAUCCAAAGUAUUGAUGCACUUUGCAGAGUUAGUGGGUGGGAUCUUGGGUGCUGACCCAUCGAAUGAAAUGUGCUGAUUUUGUCUUAAGUUUGGUGCAGCAGCGCGAGUAUUGGAGCAGCACCUGCUUUAUUGCAGCAGUUUUUUUCCCUCAGACUGUAAAAUGUUGUGAACUUUAAUGAGACUCUGCAGCCACAUGAAUACUAUUGGCUAAAAAUCACGCAUACACCAACAUUAUAUUUUAUCUAUACUGUUUGAACCAUAGGGUUAAGGGAUGGGGUGUUUUAGUAUAUAGAAACUUGGUUUUAUUUCCAUUGGGAUUUUGAGAAUCUGCAUUCAUUAUGAACACAUAGAAGGCUCUUGAAAGGCCUGAUGGGUAAUCCUGUCAUACAUAGCUAAUUUCAAGCUCAGCUGCUUGGGCCUUUUCUUACUUACCAUUCAGUUGUUAAUGCCUUUGAAGUAGACCACCUGCUAAAAGAUUUUUCUGUCCCAUCUGGUCCAUGCUGGUUUUUUUGUCAAUGAACUUAGUUUGAUUAUUUUGGUUUUCAUAUAAUUUUCUACUUUUUGUGCAUUUGCUGGGAGAAUAUUAUUUCUUGUUGCUUAUUUCUAAGGUUACGCCAUGAUUGCAGUCCUUUUAUUCCACUGAAUGUGCGGUCAACAUCUUCACUCAUUGAUGGUUGAGAUAGCAAACCAAACUUUUGGGGAUUUUACAAAGAUCAGUAUAGCUAGCUUUUUCGUUAAUCUUUUUGUGCAAGAAUUCAUCACAUACACUCUUGAUGCCACAACCACACAGUCCGUCGACCUCUAAAGUAACUUUUAAAAUGAAUGUUUACUAAGUCAUGUUGAUUUCUGUCAGAUGUAAUGAGAUGUGCCGAUUUGACCAACAAAAUCAGUUACAAGCUCAUUAGAAUCUGCCAAGGAUUAUUUUUGUCCUGCAGUUAGAGAAAGAAUAAGAAAUGUGUACCACCUUUUUACAUUAUCACUAAUGUUCUGUGAGUAAUGGGUACAAACUGCUACAACAAUUUUGUGCCAAGAGUUCACACCAAAGACUCAUGGGUGGUUUUUGAACAUAGGCUGAAUGCUCAUUAAGAAGAUUAGGUUCUUGAUUUAAUGUAGGACUAGUCCAUAGCUAUUUUCAAGGAAUGUAUGCUUCCCAGCUAGUAACAAUCACUUGUAUAAAAUUUGAACUACUUGUGAAGAAGACAUGAAGCAGCAAAGUCAUGAAUAGCAACAUAUAUUAAGCCAUACAAAAGCUGACAAUUUGAAGUUGUGCAAUAGGUAUUGUAGUUGUUUAAAGCCAAUGUAAUCAAAAAAGAGAACUUCUUAAAAAGUGGCAUCUUAAACUUAGUGCCUUGCCACAAGCUUUACAUUGAGAAUCCGGCACUUAGAUUCCUGUGCCUCUUUCUUUUUUUAAAGGAUUAAAUACAGAGAUUUUAAUAAAAUAUGGCCUCAUGAUUUGUUGUAAAGAGAUGCCAAGAAUGAUUAGAAAUUAAAUCAUGUUGUACUUGUCCAUUUGUAUUUUUUUUUAGCUCAAGUCCUGCCUGUUGUGCUUCUAGUAAUUUGAUUUAUUCUGUUACGGGACAGACAAUUUAAGGUUAAACCGCUUUUGUAGCAAUUGAUAACAAUCAAAUGAGGCAGACUUGUUCCCAAAAGCCAUUGCCCCAUGUUCAGAGACAAUACUGUAUCCCUCCUCUCUAAUGACUGAGGACAAUCUUAGCAAUGUACUAUAGUUUAAGGCAUUUCAGUGAAAAGAGAAAUGCAUGAGAAUCACAAAUCGACUUCCGCUCUGUUCUCCUAGAGUGUCAGGCGAGGGAACAGCUGCCUGGGUAUUAAGCAGAGAAACAUUUGUGAAGAAAAAAAAAAGCUUAUCCUCAUAUACUGUAGCUUAAUUGCACGUUGCUCAACCACAAAAUUGUAUAAAAUUGCCAAUGGAUCAUUUUUUAAAACUUGAGUUUUCUUGUAUUUGUGUCAUCGAUUGUGCACUUACAGUUCUUCAUUGAUAGUUCAAACAAAUUCCAUCCGGGAAGUCUUGUUUAUAACAGUUUUUACCCUUAAGGGACUCAGCUAUAAUGGCCUCACUCACUUCGGUCGGGACCUUUUCCCCCUUAAAUGGUGCUUUUAGACUAGUCACAUUUUCUUUUUAUCAAAUAGUAAACAAAUCCAUGUAAUCAUCAUAGGUGGAUGGAAGGGGGAUUGUUUAAAUGCUUUUCAUGUACUAUAGUUACACACGUGAUAGUACACACUUAACAGAUCCAACUGAACUUGACACACAUACACUCGAAUCGACUCUUUGUCAGCUCUUAGUUCCACACCUCUGAGAGGAACAGGAGAUGCAUUAUGGGCCACAAGUAAUCAAAAGGAAGUGUUUACAGGGAAGGCUGUCGGACUACUUUUUGAAUUGCAGCUCGUCCUAUUCUUUUUAUAAUAAACUCACUUCAGGUAGUUUACAAACACUGAUACAGGCUUAGAAAAAACUUAAGUCUUCCAUAGCUUUUCUGUCAGUUUCUGUCCACUGUGUAUUAUUGAAAAAAGCAAUAACCUUUUUAAAAGCGGUGUAUUGGGAUCAUCAAGCCUAUUGAAAUAUUGGCCUGUCGUACAUCAAACAAACUGAAUGUCAGGGAGCUGUUGAAUUGAAGUUAGACCAACACAAUUUGAUAUUGAUUUUUUAAAAAUAUUUUCUGGAACUUUGGACAGGUUGACAUCCUUUUCAGAAAAUUACACUCAGAAGAACAAUUGUUGUUGCUCCAGUGGUUUCAGUAAACUGCAACACAAGAACUGAGCGUGUGGUUCAGUCAUCCAACUCAGUGGCACUGUUCAGAGUUGCACCUCCAGCUGUGUCAAAGAAUGAAAGGGAUUAUGGGCUGUUUAGCCACUGUUUGGGAGCGGGUCUUCUGACGUUAUGUCAAGGUUUAGGGUUCUCCUUUGGCUCCUCGUGCACUGAGACUGUAGGUGUAGUUGUUCAGGAUCAGAGGAAGUUCCCAGUCUUACUGUCGUUUCUUUUCCUUUUACAACUCCCUAAACUCUGCACUAUAACGUCUCUGGCUCAUUCGUAUUGGUGACAAGGCAAAAAAACUUAGAACUCAGGGUAUAUAGUGUUAAAAGUGGUCUCAUUGGACAUACAGCUUAUGUCCAUAGUAUAAUUGUGCACUUCUCUUCAGGUGGGGAAACAGUCCUCAGUCAGUGGUUCCCAAACAUUCUGCCUCAAGGUCUCAAUGAGCCCAUGUUUUCCACAGAGCUGAAGCUCGAGGAGCUCUGGAGAACCCAAACCCAAACCAUGACUACAGAAAUGCCCUAACUCCUGUUUUUGUCCACUCUACACACAACCUCACAACCCAACUGUGAACCUCAGAACUCUACUGUUUUUGUACAACUAUGAAGUAAAUGAAGCUAGCUAGAGCUGAUGUUGUAUCUAUUGCCAUUUAUGAAUUUAUUUUAUAGCAUGAAAUAAGAUAUAUUUAUUCAAAUUAUAUAUUUUACUCAUAAUCAUUCUGUGCUGCUUCAUUUUGGUUCUUAAGCUUGUAAAUUGCUUUUUUAUUAUGAAAAAAUGUCAAUAGAAAAAUGCGUUUGUAAAAUAAAGACGCUGA